AUGUCCAUCCAGAAGUCGUGGUUCAUCGCCCGGGCCCGCCGCCGCUUCGCCAUGACCCGCGAGUGCUCCCUCCUGCUGCCGCGCGUCUGCGCUGCCUUGGCCGACCCGCGGCAGCCCGGCUCCGACGACACCUGCCUGGAGAAGCUGCUCGACUGGUUCCGGAACCUGACGGAGUUCGAUCCUACGGUGAAGCUGGUGCAGGACAACCCCUGUCUGACAGAGUUCAUCACCUCCGUGCUGGCACUGCCAGAGCCCAGUCCGAGCAUCCUCUCCUUUACUCUGCGGUUAGCUGGGAUACUUGCUGCUUCUGAAAACCGUUUCCAAUACUUGCAGCAGGAGAAUCUGUUGGUCAGGCUCUUUGGCAGGGAUGGGCCUCUGAACAGCGCAGUGUGGGAAGAUGCAUCUGUGCGAAGUGGCUGGGUGGAGGGUGUGCACAGCAUGAUGCAUCACCAGCCUGCCCUCCACUUCUUCUGCAAUGGUGGAGGCAUAGAUGUGAUCUUCACUCUGCAAGGGGAUCCCAGCCUGUUUGUGGCUUCAGCUGCCAGUCAGCUUCUGGUGGACAUGCUCACCCUCUCUCUAGAGUCUGAAACAACUAAACCUCUCAGUACAAAGGACUGUGGCUGGCCAGCGUGUGCCCAAAUGAUUAUAAAGCAUAUAGAAGAUUCCCUUCAGUCCAGCUCUGCCUCUCGCAUCGAGCAGUCAUUAAAACUGUUAACUAGUUUGUUUGGCAGUUGUCGUGCUACGUGGACUGAAGUACUUUGGUUAGGCAUAGCAAAGCAAAUAGAAUCGUUUUUGACGGAAGAGACUGUUCAAGCGCAGCACAUGCUGGCGAAUCUUUUGCUUAACAUGGCACGGUCCCCUGUGUUUUGUGACACUGAAGGCAGUUUUUGGGCAUUAGUGACUUCUGCUCUGGAACGCUUAACCCCAGUACAAGUGGGUCCUUUGGCAGUGGGAAUUCUGAGGCUCUACAAAUGCCCACAAGAUGUGAGGAUUCAGGCACUGACUGUUCUACUUCAGCCAAUGGACUGUAUUUUGAGAGCAGCCUCCCAGCCUCUGGAAUACGCAGGUUUGCUGGAUGAGUCUGUUAGUGAUCCCAUCGCUGUUGAAAGUCUUCUGUCCUCCAAGUCAUCUUGCGCUAGUCUCCUGUGUCAGACCCUCGCUCAUCUGGAGAAGCUGCUGUCUCUGGUUCGUUUGCCAGUGGAUUUACCCUAUACAUCUUUGCUGCGCUCUCUCUUGACAAUAUUACAAUUCUGUAAUGGCUUCCUGAGUCCAGCUUCUCCUCUGGGAAGCACAAUAAGCCGAAUCUUGAUCAAUUGCUUCAGAGUACAGAGGUCAGCUCUUGAUGUCCUAGCAGCACUCUCGGAGAAAAAAGGCUGUGACACACUCAUAGGAAGUCUAUUUGAUGUCCUUCUGGCAUACCUGGAGAGUCCGAACACCAGCCCUACUGUUCUAAAGAAAGCAUUUCAAGCUACAUCCAAGUGGUUGGUGCGCUUGCAGCAACUGUCCUGCUCCAACAGUCAGCGGCAACAAACUGAGAAGAUUUUGGAAGAUGUGUUCCUGGUGCUGCAGAAGCGUUUGUGCAGUCCUUGCUGGGAAGUAAGAGAUUCUUCUCUGGAGUUCCUCACUGCCCUGAUUAAAUGCUUGAGAGACCAGGAUGAGUUCAGGCAAUCUCUCCUGUCUUCGGAGGUGCCGAGGCUUACUGAAGAUCUUCUUGAGGACCCAGAAAGCUACGUGCGAGCGAGUGCUGUGACUGCUGUGGGACACUUGGCCUUCAUUACUUACUUUGCUCCAGAGUCACCUGUAGCAGGGAAUCAGUAUAAUAAAGAGAAGACUGUAGAAAAGCUUCAAGAAAUCUUGUCAACGGACCCAGAGGGCUUUCCUAGGAGGGCUGUGAUCAGCAUCUUUACCAAGUGGCUGAGACAAGGCUGCACAGGUCAGCUGGAAGAUAGAGAGCAGUUUGUCUCUAGAGUGAUCCAAACAGUGGAGAAUGACUUAGACUGGGAAGUCAGACUUCGUGGUUUGGAUCUGGUUGAAGUUUUCCGUAGUCAGACAAUUUGCCGACUUGGCCUUCCUAGAUGCCCGUAUGAUCCUGUCUCAUCUGCAGUCAGUAGUUCCAUUCAUCAGAACGAGUCGCUGCAGAUAUUUUGCCGAGCAAAACUGUUCGGCUUUUUGUUUCGGUCUUUGUGUGACUGUGACAAACCAGUAGGUCAGAGAGCCUGUGAUAUACUGCUUGGCUUAAGAAGUAAUUUCUAUCCAGUUGGUACCCUGAAGGAUUCACAAGGGACUGGAGAUUCACCUGCAGGGCACGGCCUUGCCUGGUUCCAAAGGACACUAAGGCAGGGUUCUCUGGCCCAGAACUUCCCCACAGAUGGUGGUAAUGGGGUGGAUUUUCAAGAUCCAGAGAGCAUGAUGCUAGUUUUGGGUACAGUAGACUUAGAAGAGCUACAUGAUGAGCUAAAUAAAAGUAGUGACCAUGUGGAGAAAAGCCCUCAGUCCCUGUUACAGGACAUCCUUGCUACUGCAGGGACUAUAGAGGAGAAUGAAGCUGACUGUUACUGAAGAUAUCUUUUGCUCUGAGGGAGCAGUGCUUAAGCAGUUUUCUUCUGGAGGAGAAUUUUUUGCUACCAGUCAUGAAGUCUUUCUUGAGAGAGGAUAAAAAGAAGCGUUACAUUGAAUGGAAAAAAGGGUUGUUUCAUUAGCUGUUAAAUGGGUUAGAAAAAUCUUUGCUUUAAUACUGACGAAUUUUUUGUUAAAAAGUGUAGCCUCCAAUAAACUGUGAUUUGUUUUUCAAAGUAAA